GAGGAGGGCCGCCAAGGCACGCAGGGCAGCGCGCCGCCUCGCAAAGCCAAGUCCUCCCGCCGGGGGUCGGGGGCCAAAGGAGCGCGCGCUUCCUCCAGCGCGCCCCCGUCUUCCUCCUCGUCCUCGUCCUCCCUCCUCCCCGCCGCCGCUUCCUCUCCCAGCAUGCCGGACAAGAAGUUCUUCGAGAACCUCUCCGGAGGGGGAAAGGCCAUCGGGGUGCUCACCAGCGGAGGAGACGCGCAAGGUAUGAAUGCAGCUGUCCGUGCUGUCGUUCGCAUGGGGAUCUAUGUUGAAGCGAAAGUAUAUUUUAUCUAUGAGGGCUACGAAGGCAUGGUCGAUGGAGGUGAGAAUAUAGUUGAAGUUAACUGGGAAAGCGUUUCAAGCAUCCUACAAGUGGGAGGGACAGUUAUUGGCAGUGCCCGUUGCAAAGCUUUUCGGACCCGGGAGGGUCGUCUGAAGGCAGCCUGCAAUUUGGUUAAGUGUGGAAUCACUAACCUUUGUGUGAUUGGGGGAGAUGGCAGCUUAACCGGAGCAAAUAUCUUUCGUACUGAAUGGAGUGGACUGUUAGAGGAGCUGGCAAGUCAGGGGGAGAUUGAUGAAGAAGCUAUAAAGAAGUAUGCUUACCUCAAUAUUGUGGGAAUGGUUGGUUCCAUUGACAAUGACUUCUGUGGCACAGAUAUGACUAUUGGCACUGACUCGGCCUUGCACAGAAUCAUUGAAGUUGUGGAUGCCAUCAUGACCACAGCCCAAAGCCAUCAAAGGACCUUUGUCCUGGAGGUGAUGGGAAGACACUGUGGGUACCUAGCUCUAGUUAGUGCCUUAGCCUGCGGUGCAGAUUAUGUCUUUAUUCCUGAAUAUCCCCCGGAGGAAGGAUGGGAAGAUCACAUGUGCUCUCGGCUUUCUGAGAACCGGGCUAGAAAGAAAAGGCUGAAUAUCAUAAUUGUAGCAGAAGGUGCCAUUGAUUCCAAUAACCAACCAAUUACUUCAGAACAAGUUAAGGAUCUUGUGGUGCAGCGGCUGGGAUAUGACACCCGUGUCACUAUUCUUGGCCAUGUUCAAAGAGGAGGCACUCCUUCUGCUUUUGAUAGGAUUUUGGCAAGUCGCAUGGGGGUGGAGGCAGUGCUUGCGCUUCUGGAAGCUACACCUGAAACCCCUGCUUGUGUGGUAUCGCUGUCUGGGAACCAGGCUGUCCGCUUGCCUCUGAUGGAGUGUGUGCAGAUGACUCAAGAUGUACAGAAAGCCAUGGAUGAAAGAAAGUUCUCUGAUGCUGUGCAGCUUCGUGGAAGGAGUUUUCAGAAUAACUUGAACACUUACAAGCUAUUGUCUACCAAGAAGACUGCUUCUGAGCUUCCCAAGACUAACUUCAAUGUAGCUGUUUUAAAUGUUGGCGCUCCAGCAGCUGGUAUGAACGCUGCCGUUCGCGCUGCUGUCAGAAUUGGCAUCACUGAAGGGCACAACAUGUUUGCUGUCACUGAUGGGUUUGAAGGAUUUUCGAAGGGGCAGAUCAAAGAAAUCAGCUGGGGAGAUGUUGGAGGUUGGACUGGACAAGGAGGUUCGAUUCUGGGCACAAAACGAACAUUGCCUGCAAAGCAUAUGGAGAAGAUUGCAGAACAGAUGCGGAGUAAUAAUAUCAAUGCCCUCUUGGUUAUAGGUGGCUUCGAGGCCUACCUGGGACUUUUGGAACUCUCUGCUGCCCGGGAGAAAUAUGACGAGUUCUGUAUUCCCAUGGUUAUGGUUCCUGCAACCGUAUCCAACAAUGUACCGGGUUCUGAUUUCAGCAUUGGUGCAGAUACUGCUCUGAACACUAUCACUGAUGCUUUUGAGAGCUGUGUGCUGUUAGCUGAAGCCCGAGCCCGCUUUGAGGAGUUUUGCAUUCCUAUCUGCAUAGUUCCUGCUACUAUUAGCAACAAUGUGCCUGGCACCGACUUGAGUAUUGGUGCUGACACUUCCUUGAAUGCCAUUGUCGAGACCUGCGACCGAAUCAAACUCUCUGCAAGUGGGACAAAGCGCCGAGUGUUCAUCAUUGAGACUAUGGGUGGCUACUGCGGUUACUUGGCCAACAUGGGGGCCCUUGCAGCGGGUGCUGAUGCUGCAUACAUCUUUGAAGAGAAGUUUGAUAUUCGGGAGCUCCAGGCCAAUGUGGAACAUUUAACUGAAAAGAUGAAAACCGGUAUUCAGCGUGGUUUGGUGCUGAGGAAUGAAAACAGCAGUGAGAAUUACACAACAGACUUCAUUUACCAGCUGUAUUCUGAAGAAGGGAAAGGAGUAUUUGACUGCAGAAAGAAUGUACUGGGUCACAUGCAGCAGGGUGGUGCUCCUUCUCCAUUUGAUAGAAACUUUGGCACAAAAAUUUCAGCCAAAGCCGUGUUGUGGCUCUCAAAGAAACUCAAGGACUCCUAUCGAAGAGGGAGAGUAUUUGCCAACACGGAUGAUUCUGUCUGUCUCCUGGGUAUGCGCCGAAGGAACCUGAUAUUCCAGCCUGUGAAUGAACUGAAGGAUGAAACAGAUUUUGAACACCGAAUUCCCAAGGAACAAUGGUGGUUGAAGUUACGUCCUCUGAUGAAAAUUCUGGCCAAGUACAAGACCAGCUACGACAUUUCAGAUUCAGGCCAGUUAGAGCAUGUGCAUAGACCGAAACCUGUAGAAGCCUGAGGUGACGAUCCCAAGACACUGUACUGUUCAACGUUGUAAUAGCUCUCUCCAUUGUGUGUCAACAAUGCUUUAGAAUGUUUGUUACAGCUUGUUUGUAACAUCUAAGUUAUUGUGCCAGCACUUUAUGUGGAAAACAAAACAAAACAAGCAGCCAUCACAGAACUCCUCUACCUGAUGCUAUCUUAGGUUCCUCAACAAUAAAAACAAACACACCACAGGAAAACCCUAGCGCCUAACGUUAACAAAGACUACCCCACUUACCAAUGUGUUCCUUACUGGUAACCUGUCUAAAAACUGGUUCUAUGCACUCUGUGUGAUGUUCUUCAUCUCUUUGCACUUUUACCAGAUAGUGUUUACACUCCAGAGUAUAUUAUAAAGAGGCUUAGUUUUGUGUCAUACAAAAAAAAGGAAACUUCUAUAUGCUCCUGCUGAAAUAAAAUACUAUAUUACAAAUAAA